AUGGAGAAUUCUCCUCAUGGUUACUCAUCUAACGAGAUGAGUGGAGAUGAAUCGGUGCUAAAGUACGAUAAUGAUGUGAAAAUAGUGGAAUCCGUACAAAAAAUAGAACAUAACCCGGAAUUGCAUGAUGGAGUUGGUGGUUUUAGCGAUAAUUUGAGUACAACAACACUAAACGAAGGAUUGACAACAUUCAAUGAUGGGCUGAGUACGAACUCCUUUGGAGUAAUAAACUCCAAAGCAGUUUGCUCAAUUUUGGACAAUAACGAAAUUCCACCCCAAAAGAGACUAAUGCUGUGGCACUCUUUGUGUGCCAGAGAGUACCUCGGGAUCUUUUCAUCGUUGGGAGUAAGCGAUACAAUAUGCCUGAUUCAUGCAGAGUCGCUCAUAGUUUAUAUCGUCUGUUUGGCACAUAAACAAGGACAUAAUUUGCUAGACUUUUCAAGUGGACCACAUACGCUUCAGUUUACAUACAGAGUUGAUAGGUUCCUGUCGACUUUUUUGAGGUCAGGAGGCACCUUUAAACUGGUAUUCUUUGACAUCUUCAAAAAGGUCUUUGAUCCGACAUUUGUAGUUGAGGAUAACGAAGACGAUACGUUUUUUGACGGAUAUUUGUACUAUAGGCAGUUGUUGUUGUGCCAUUUUAAGCAGAACAAUGUACCAUUUCUAGUGUUUGAUAACUGGAUAACAGAUCCGAGAUUCCAUGAGUAUAUAUCGGAAAAUGAACCAGCAUGCAUAGUACUGGAAGAUGGAUCAUCAUUUGUGUACAUCUUCGAUACAGUGUAUGAACUCCUAGAUUUAGCAUGUAAAGGGAAGGAAAAUUUAGAAAAUCAAGCAAAAUAUAUCGAGUUCUUGUCAAACCAGUCCAAGGCAGAUCGGUACCUAAAUGUGAUACACACACUAAUAUCAGAAAGCUUAUCGAAUAGUUUAUCUGUAGCAUACUUUUUUGAUAUUACGAGGCACUCGGAUGAUUUCAAGGCAUUCAUAGCAUUUUCAUCCAACACACAUGUCCCAACAUCAAUACACCAACAAUCAUGUAUAUUAUUAACACAAAUAUACUCACUAAAUACACAGGAAAACAAAAUCAACAAUAAACCAAUGGAUAAUAAUAAUAUAGAAAUGUUGUAUAAUGAAGUUUCUAAACUAAUUAACCGUAAAAUUCACAUACGUGAUCUGAUAGCAUGUAAUUACCUGGUGGAGUUUGUAAAAUUAAUUAAUCGCUCAGAAACAUAUAACUCAGUGGAAACAGGAACAGAAGAGGAAAAGACACAAAACCAGUUGUUUGUGCUAACCUUCAAAUGUUUGUUAAUACAUAAUUAUAUGCUGGAAAAUGUAAGCCUGAUGGAACGCUGUACAAAAAGAGUUGAUGUGUCUGAUUGGGACUUUUAUACAGAAGAUGUCGCAGCAACGAUAGAUUUUAUGUGUUACUGUUCAUACCCGCUCUUUGAAACAUUAUAUACGCUGGAUGAAGAUGUUGUAAAUCGGUUAAAUAAAUUAGAAACUUCAGUCAAGGACGUGUUUGAUGGUAAUUUGUUCAGCACAAUCCUAUACCUGUUGGCACAAUACGCAGAAGUACACGCAGACCAAGUGGACGAAAGCUUUUUAAACUUGAGCCAAAGUGUUGUGAGAGAGUUUGAUUCACUGUUUCAGCACUUCACAGGAGAUAAAGGAGUCAAGUUCUUCCCAAUCAAGAUGAAUUAUCUGACAUAUAAAUACCCAAGCCAAUUUCCAAGUUCUAUAAAGAGUGAAAUGACACAAUAUAAUCAUACGAACCUUAAUGUUAACGGGUCAGAAACUACAGUAGAAACUAAUGAAUCAGAACCAAGAGAAUAUUUGAAUGAAGUAGGGAGUAAAUAUUUAUAUGUGAAUAAUUCAUUCAUUAAUUUGUACUACAAGUUCGAGAGGAAGGACCUGAAAUGGACGAAAGCAAAAUCAGUUGAUGAGUUGGUGAUGUUCACUAGACAUUUUUGGCGUGAUCCAUGUAGCAUUUCAGAGAGGAUGGAAUGUAUUGAUUUCCACAUCAACUUCGAUCUUAAGGAAAAACAGCAAGACCUGACAAAAUAUACAAGAAGAAGUAUACAAAACCAAUCUAGUUUUUCAUUCCUGUUGUCAAAGUAUUUAGGCUCAAGUAACCUCCACCACCCAAUUGUAAUUAAACUGGAACAUUUCUGGCUGCAUAUCAAGUAUGUUAAUUUGGUUAAUUAUUCGAAGUUAUUGGCAGUAAGUAGCGCAAGACCAAGCUCGAGAGAGCCAGGAAAAUCAACAAAAAACGUUAAUAAUAGAGAGAAUAAACAGAAUAAAAACAUAAAUAAGGGUAAGAGUGGGGAUAAACUGAGUAAGGUGGAGUUAAUGAAGUUGAAAAAUCUAGAAUUACAAGAAAACAAAAAGCUGGAAAGUGAUAAUAACACUUUAGCAAGAUUGGAGAGCAAGUUGUCGCAGCUGUUCAACAACGAUAAGUCAUUUGAUGAUAUGUACACAAAUAUUCUCGAUAGCACAGAUGGACCGAAUAGAGCAGUGGAUUUGUUAACGGAUUUCAAGUGGGUUAAAGGAGUACUUUCGACAAAAAAUGUACAGCUGAUGUAUAUAUACAAGAUGAUCCAGAGACUGAGAAUUGUAAUCAAUCACCCAAACUCAUUUAGACGCCUGCUAACGAUACUGUUGAGGUUGAUUUUCAUAUAUUACAACCAUUAUUGUGAAAUCAUGACGAGAGAAAUCAUGAUAUUGCUGUACACGUUUUUGUACCAACUGAACUUUCAAAGUUACGCAAAAAACCUGGUGAAUAAUUAUAACAGUCGAAUUAGUAGCAGAGAGGUGAGUGAAACAGUUAAAAACAAAGUUGAUGAAGGGAAGAAGAAAUCGACGAAACAGAAUAAAACAGAGACAACGAAAGUAAAAUCAGAUUUGAACAUGGUGAGUGAAAAGGAUAUAGACAAGGUGAGAAGGGAGUCAGAAGUCUGGGAUUUCGCUAUAUUUGAAGGAACAGAAUAUGAUUAUAUGUUGUGUUACAUGGGAGAUGUGUUCGAGAGAACAUUGGGAAGUACAAAUGACCCAAGAGUAUUAUUCAGACCAGAUGCAUGGCAAAAAAUGUUAUUGGAUAUAGUGGACGCGAAGGAAUCUGCAUUAGUGGUUGCACCAACGUCUACGGGUAAAACUUACAUUUGCUACUACGCAAUGGAGCAGGUGUUGAGGUUGGAUGACCUGGGAAUGGUUAUAUAUGUGGCACCAAACACAGCUUUGGCACUACAAGUAACGUAUGAAAUCACAGCGCGUUUCAGCUCCAAAUACUACACCAACACGAAUCUGGCAUUGAGUUCUACAUUUCUGGAAAAGUUCCAUGACCCGAAGUGGUACUCCAGCCAAAUACUAGUGACGGUCCCAACAGUGCUGGAAAAAUUGCUGAUUUCAAUGAGGAAUAACGAGGCGAAUUUCAUAAGCAGGUUGGAGUAUGUGAUCUUUGACGAAGUACACUGCAUAGCAGACUUGGAACUAGGGUCGUUUCUGGAGAGGUGUAUACACCUGAUACCGUGUCCGUUCCUGGCAUUAUCGGCGACAAUAGGUAACGCGUCACAAUUCCAUCAGUGGCUGUCAAACAUCACAAGCUAUAAUAACUCACCACUCAGUCAAGGUGAACCAGAACAGUUGGAACAAAAGAGUAACAAGGUACACUUCAUAAUGUUUGAUGAGAGGUUUUCUGACUUGAAACUAGAAGUAUAUUUCCCAGCUACAAAUGUGGAUGCAACAACAACCAACAAAACAAGGAAUAAAUUAGUGGCCUUCAACCCAGUGUGUUGCAUGUCAUAUAAUGACUUGUGCAAUAAUGGCUUCCCAAAUGAUGUGUACCUGACACCAUAUGAUUGUUAUUUGUUGGUACAGUCUUUGAUGCUGAGUCUGAGUGAGUUCGCAGAAGUUGAAACAGAAAACAACAAAUCUACAAAUAAUAAUUUGUUUGAAAGGAUAUCAUACUUGUUGCCGAGUAAUUAUUUUGAAGGAUGCACACUGAUAACGAAGAGACAGUACAGGUAUUAUUUGCAGGCUCUGAAGGUUGAAUUCACAAGUCAGAUCCAGUCUGGUAAAAUAAACUCUACCACCUAUGAUAGAAUCCUACAUUAUGUAAAUUUGUUGCCCACGUCUGUAAACACAAGUGAACUGGACGGUAAACGGAAAUUGUAUCCUUUACUCCAAACUAGAAAUUUAAUACCAAAUAGUGUGACCCGAGUCAACCACAGUGAAGAGAAAGAUAAUGUGGAAAAGGUUGGUAGAGGAAGAUUAGACCAACAUGAUGAAAAGGACGUGUUCAGUUCACUGGAUGAUAUGGACUGCUUGGAAUAUCUUAACGAACGUUCGUUUUAUGAAAUGUUGAAGAGGCUACAAAGUAGUAGAAGAUUACCGUGUCUGGUCUUUAUUUUGGACAGAAAUAAGAUGGACCACGUGUUGGUGAGUGUAACGAAGCUUUUGUUGAGGUUACAGUGGGAGAAGUUUUUUGGAACGCCAGAAAGGACAUUGGCAACUAAGAUGGCAAAUAAGGCAAGAAUGGACAAGUAUCAAAUGCAGUUAAGACAGUAUGAAUCAGAAAAGAAGAUGAGAGCAAGUGCAACAAAAGAGCAGAGAGAAUUGGAAGGGAUCACAAGUACUAUGCAACUUGAAGUACCAGUAGAACCAGUUGAUGUAUCACAAGAAUAUGACCCUGAGUUCUAUUUCUAUAACAGAAGAAUAUAUAUUAAUUAUACGGACGAGAUAGACAAAUUCAUUAAUGUGGCAGCCAAUAGCAUAAGUAAUAGGAAAAACUCAACACUAUUCAUAGAAGCAUUGAAGAGAGGGAUUGGAAUACACCACGAAGGACUUCCUCAUAGAUUUACUAUUCUGACUGAAACAUUGUUGAGGCUGGGGUUCUUGAACGUUAUCAUAAGUAGUAAGUCGUUGGCAUUUGGAAUUAAUGUGCCCUGUAAGUCAGUGCUAUUCUGUGGAGACAAUUAUGAGCUGACACCGUUGAUGUAUAAGCAAAUGUCAGGACGGUGUGGAAGAAGAGGAUUUGAUCUUUCAGGACAUGUAAUCUUUUGGUCGAUUCCAAGGAAAAGAAUAAAACAACUUUUGCUCACGAGACUACCAACACUCAAAACUGAUACCAAUAACAUUAAUCUGUCAAUUCUCCUCACAAUCCUGUCCUCGUUUUAUACACUCAUAAUAAGAUCAAAUACCCAGCAGCCACUAAACCUAUCGUUUUUAAAUAAAAAAGGCGAGGAUUACGUUGAUGUUAGGGAUGAAUUGAUAACAAGUAGCAGAAGACUGGUGAUUGAGCCGAAACUUCUGGUCCAGAGACUCUCUUCAAUAAUGAAUAACUCACUAAACUUCGCUUGCGGUCAUGAAGACUCAGUAAACGGUCAAAUGAACCAAAAUAAUAUCGUAAUGUUAAUCAGAAUAAUGCUGGAGAUAUUGGUAAGUUGUGGACUAUUGGAUGAAAAUGGUUUGAUUAGAGGCUGCUAUGAGCUUGCAUUACUAACUCGAGAUAUACACCCCUCCAACAUUUUACUGUCCAAGUUGAUUCAGACGUCUAAACUUAACCAACUGUUGCAAGACUUCCCCACUGAAAAUUCAGCCGUUUCAGAUAACACAGAUAUGAGCCUGAGCAUGCUAGAGAUAUUAUCAUUGUUAAUAUACCGAAAGAAGGAGAUGAGUAAUGUUCUGAACAUAAGGAGACUAGUGAGUACAAAGCUAAGGAAUGGAACCAAUGAUCCAAAUGUCAAGAAUACUUUGAGUCUAACUGGAGGAAGUUUAACGAGUACAAGUACACAAGCAGGGCAUUCAUAUCCAGUGGCGUAUCCGGACACAUUUCCGCUUCUCCAAAGACAUAACUCACUACAGCAACAUAUUGAUUAUUAUAAUCAGAUUGUACUUGUUAUUACCAAAAAGUAUCUUGACUCUGAUGGUCAGGGUUCUGUGAACAAAACCCAACUUGAAGGAGUUAAUAAUGGAAAAGUAACUCAGGAAAAUAUGGAACAAGAUUCCAAGCAUAAUCAAGGGUUUUUUAGCCUGUACCAUAAAAGGAAUAUGUACAAUGCUGGGGAAACCCUGGGAUGCGAAAAUGAUUACAUUAAUGUUAAUGGAGUUAUGGGUAGGAUUACAACAUUCCAGGAACUUGAACUUAGCCUAGAUUCAUUUGACCUAACGAGUGACCUGGUACCGACAAUAGAAGACAGUUUCUGUAAAGUUGUUCAGCUCGACAACAAGUUCAACCAAGUCAAGACGCUCACCAUGACAUUCAACAACUCGUACAUGUGUGACUACUUCACACAUGGUAGGUUUUCGGUGCUGAGAGACUCCAAUGGCCUUGGACAAUAUGCAUGGAACUAUUUAAAGAAGUUUAUUGUGUUUUUACAGCACUUCAAAUUCGUUCUCAAGACGUACACUGCCCACCUAAACACCGACGACCCGCUCUUUAAUUACCUCAAACAUCUUCUCGACAAAAUAGAACCAAUGUUUAACAAAAUAUAA